AUGGUGAGAGAGGGCCUCCGCCUUGUCGGUGCUGGCGCCGCUCUGGCAACAGCAGUCUUGCUUGCUGUUGUGCUUGCUGGAAGUGGCGGUUGGCCGGUUCCUCUGCCUAAAUGGUUGGGGAGUACUAGUUCCCCUGCAGCCUUUGCAUCAACCACCAAAGACCACGCCAGCGGAGGAGGCGAGGGAUGGGAAUGGCGAGAGGUGUGGUUCGGCAACGGUGCCAGCGUGGCUUUCGCCAUCCGCCCUGGGCACGGCCCUCCUGUCCUCCUUCUGCACGGGCGUCCAGGAGGGGCAGAGCAGGGGCGUGUGUUUGCGGACGAGCUGUUCCCGCCCGUGCGGAAGCGGCUUGUGGAGCAGCCGCCGCCAUCGCCGCUGGUGUUGCCGGAGGGCAAACUGCCGCCCUACACCUUCAUCGCCGUGAGUCGCCCCGCCUCCGCACUCCACAAUGACGACCGUUCCCUCACGCCGGAGGAGCAGGAGGCCGAUCUCUACUCGCUUCUUCUCGACGAGCUGGACAUCUCCAGAGUCGCGGUGAUGUCUUUGCCCGGGGCGCAUUCCGCUGCAUCCGCUUUUGCGGAGAGGCACGGGGACAAGUGCUGGGCGGUGGUGCAGGUGGCCGCAGAUGCCCGCGGAUUCGACAACUGCCUGACCUCCUCCCUCGACGCCCUAUGCGCCUGGACCCCGCCCUUCCUCCGGCAACUCGUCGCCCGCUCCACCGCCUUCGUCGUUUCUCACCUCGCCCAGUACGACCGGGUGGCGGAACUCUUGCCCUGUCUGUCGGUCACCGGAAGCGACCGCGCCACACGGCUUCUGCAAGCGCGGCUGGUGGGCACGACAGUGCCAUGUGCCAGCAGUCCCCUCUCCACACCCACGCAUGCCUCUGCCGCCACAGUGUCCGCCUCGGGCGCAGCCAUCCCCUGGUUGCAGGUGGUGGGCUCGGGCGAGACCGAAGGGGACCCGGCACGCACCGGCACGCUGACCGAGAAGAGCUACCGGGUGGUGGCUACAGUGCCGGGGCUCGUCGGUGGAAGGCUGGCCUUCGCCCCACGCCAGCUGGGUCCUUUGCUGGAGCAGUUUUUGGAGAAGGCCACCCAGUUCCUGGUCUGGUGA